GGGAAUAAUCAGAGCCGCUUGAUAUGCACUCUGCUCUGCCGAGAGAGGCGUUUUUAAAAAGAAAAAACCAGCAGCUGAAGUUGAUCCGGACGAACUGAAACACUAAACGGAGACGAGAGGGGAUUAAAAAAACCAAACGCACACAUUUUUUUCUGCCCUAUUUUUCUCGUUUCUUCAUCCGGCCGCCAGCAUGAUGUCCUAUCUGAAGCAGCCCCCGUACACGGUGAACGGACUGAGCUUAUCCUCAGGAGUGGACCUGCUGCAUCCCUCAGUGGGAUACCACGGAGCCCCUCGCAAACAGAGGAGAGAGAGAACGACCUUCACUCGGGCCCAGCUCGAUCUGCUGGAGAAUCUGUUCAACAAGACCCGGUACCCGGACAUCUUCAUGAGAGAGGAGAUGGCCUUAAAGAUCAACCUGCCUGAAUCCAGAGUGCAGGUGUGGUUCAAAAACCGACGAGCCAAACAUCGCCAACAGGCCCAACAAACCCAAAGUGGAGCGCAGAACAAGGCGGUCAGCAAGCCGGUGAAGAAGAAAAGCUCUCCGGUCAGAGAGGCCAGCUCAGAGAGCGGAGCCAGCGGGCAGUUCACGCCGCCCUCGAGCACCUCGCUCCCGGCCGUGAGCAGCAGCAGCAGCGCGGCACCGGUGUCUAUCUGGAGCCCGGCCUCCAUCUCCCCGCUCUCCGACCCGCUGUCUACCUCCUCCUCCUGUAUGCAGCGCUCUUAUCCCAUGACCUACAGCCAGGCGUCGGGCUACAACCAGGGCUACACGGGCUCCUCGUCCUACUUCACCGGGAUGGACUGCGGCUCCUACCUUUCUCCUAUGCACCACCAGCUCUCCGCCGCGGGCUCCGCCAUGAGCCCCAUGGGGAGCAACGGGGUCUCCGGCCACCUGAGCAACGCGUCGUCCCUCUCCUCGUCCGCGUACGGGGCGGCGGGGCUGGGCUUCAGCAGCGCUGCAGACUGCCUGGACUACAAGGACCAAACGGCCUCCUCGUGGAAGCUCAAUUUCAACGCGGACUGUUUGGAUUACAAAGACCAAGCAGCGUGGAAAUUCCAAGUGUUGUGAGGGGAGAGAAAUUUAAAAAAAUGGACAAUUCCUCCCCCCCCACCCGCCCCCAAGCUGCAGGCAAUUUAAAUACCCAAGGUUGGGAGCAGCAAGUGCGGCGUUUUUUUCUUCUUCUUUUUUCCCACCACUUCGGGCCCCAACUUCUACCUCGGGCAGAGCAGAGCAGGACUGCCAGCCGGUUGUCUCACUUGUUGGGUUAACUUAUUGAACAUUCAGACUGACUUCUCCCCAACUUUGAUCAAGGACACGGAACAAAUGUGUUGACCAAAAGGAAAAAAGGAUCAAAAGAGCGAAAGAUCCAGUGAGCCUAACUUGGUUGAGUGUGAGGAAUGGGUCAGGUUUUUUUUCUAAGCUCCUUAAAGACUCCCUUCUCUUGUCUUUUUUUAUUUUGUUGGCACGCUGAAGGGCCCCUUUGAUCAAAGCGUUGCGCAUGAGUGUGUGUGUGUGUGUGUUAGAGAGAAUGUGUGCGUGUGUGUGUGUGUGUGUGUGAGAAAAAGCAGCUCUGACAUGAACCUGGAUGCACUAUUAAUUUAUGAGAAAUGUUUAAAACUAGUUAUAAGAGACAAUCAGUCUGUUUGCGUGUGUGCGCAUAAACGUCCCUUGUGUGUGUUUUUGAAUUAUUUUCCCCAUGUGUUAGAUUUGUUUAAAAAAAAAAAUAACGUGAUUCUUUGUACCACCUGUAUGCAAUUUUACUUCUUCGCACCACAAACCCAGCUGUGAAUUUGAUAGAUUUAUUUUCCUGUCUCGAGUGUUUAAAUGAUAAAUUAUUAUGAGGACAUGUUAGUUGAAUGACAUAAGGGAGUGCAGAGUGGAUCAAGCCAGCAGCAAGCAAGGUCCAUUGGAGCUGUAAAGGCCACAAACACACUAAAUAACAAUAAAGACCCCUUGACCUGACCCAACACUGUGUAAAUCCAUCUAAAUCUCCUGUUUCUUCAUGUUUUUACCACCUGCUUCUGCACACACCACAACACAACAUGUAAACAAGCCUGAAAAAAAGAAGAAAGCCUCAUUUAUGCACAUGUUUAUCAUAUUUUACUCUUUUUGAUUUGCCAUACAUAUAUUAAAGUGUCAUUAAAUGUAAUCCUCGUGAUGAUCACCAA